AAGCUUGGAGCAAGACCACCUACUGGAGCACUUUUAUUGGGACCUCCUGGAUGUGGUAAAACAUUGCUGGCUAAAGCUUUAGCCUCAGAAUGUGAUGUACCAUUUUACUACAUGGCUGCCACAGAGUUCAUGGAUAUGUUUGUUGGUGCUGGAGCAAGCAAAGUACGGAAAUUGUUUCAAAAUGCUCGUGAGAAUGCUCCUUGUAUUAUUUACAUUGAUGAAAUAGAUGCAAUUGGUAGGGUCAGGGGACAGUCAAAUCAGUCAGACGAACAAUUGUUAAACCAGUUACUGACAGAGUUAGAUGGUAUGAAUGAGAGAAAAGAUGUAAUUAUCCUAGCAUCAACAAAUAGAGCUGAUGUGCUUGACAAGGCAUUAUUACGCCCUGGAAGAUUUGAUAGACAUAUAAUGAUAGACCUUCCCACUCUGCUGGAAAGAACAGAGUUGUUUGAGCUAUAUUUAAACAAAUUAAAAUUAAAGAGCCCAGUGUCAACAUAUGCCAAUAAACUUGCCAAACUAACACCUGGUAUGAGUGGAGCUGAUAUUUCUAAUAUAUGUAAUGAGGCAGCUAUACAUGCAGCAAGAGUUGGUAAUACUGAAGUGUCUGCUUCUGAUUUCGAAUUUGCAAUAGAAAGAAUUAUUGCUGGUGAGUUAGAAACUAAAUUCUGGGGGUUCGCCCAAUAUUUUCCAAAAGAGAACCAGCUUUAUUCUAAUGAACAAUUAUUUGAGAUGAUGUGUAUGGCUUUAGGUGGGAGAGUUGCUGAAUCUGUGAUAUUUAAUAGUAUCACAAAUGGUGCUCAGGAUGACUUGACUAGAGUAACAAAGAUAGCUUAUGCUCAGAUAAAAACAUAUGGAAUGAGUAAAACUGUAGGAUUACUAUCGUUUCCGCUGGAUGAUGACAUGGGAAUACGACCUUUCAGCAAAAAAUAUCAGAAUAUGAUUGACAUAGAAGCACAGCAGCUGGUCGGACAGGCGUACAGACGGACAGAGAAAAUAAUACAGGAAAACGUUGAUAAACUACAUAAAGUGGCUAAUCUGUUGUUAGAAAAGGAGACAAUAAGUGCAUCUCAGAUAGAAGAACUCAUUGGUCCACCCCCAUUUGGGAAGAAAAACAUGAUAGAUCCGGAAACAUUAUAUGAUGAUGAAGUUGCUGAAUCUUUGUCUCCCUCAAAGCCAAAAGAUACAACAAAAUCUGUUUGAAAAUCAUGUAUAUAUAUAUAAGAACAUCUCAUUGUUUUUCCUGAACAUGGCAUGGUAUGAUUUUGUAGAAAGGAAACGGUGUUGCGAGUAGUUGUUACAGUAUAAAGGAGUAGGAUCAGUGUUACAGAAAAUCAUCCCACUCUGAAAAACCAGUUCAAACAGUCUAGUUGCGGUUCUUUUAUAUACGACAGAUACGAUAAUUUUAACAUCAUAACACAGUUAUUAACUGUGACAAUAUUCGUAUUUCAGUAUUAACUCUGGUCAUUAUAUUUUGUUUUCCAAUGUUGCUCUAUUCUUACGUAACUCACCUGUUAAUAUUAAUGCAGGAGUUUCAUGAUUAAAUAUCAUUCGACUGCUCACUACAAUUAAGUUGUGUUCUUAAAUCUAAGUUUUUAUCAUAGUUUUGUUGUAACAUACUGUGUGAAAGCCUAACAGUAUGGAGAUAGUACUUUAGGUUUUAUUGUCAUUCUUAGACAGUUACACAAAUUUGCAUUCUUAUUGUUUUGCUGUGUCACUCUGCAUAUAUAAUCUACUGAGUGACUUACCAUGGCUUCCAUUAAUGGAAGUUUUGGAGUCAUUUUCUCCUGUUUUUUUGCUUGUGACUUCCAAUAUACAAUGCUUUUCCUUCUUUACCAACGUAAUGUGACUUCCAAUGUCAGACAUCUUGCAGUCUCCGACUUCCAAAUUUUGUAUUUUAAAAGCCCUGACUUAUACAUUCUUAUACUACCAUUCGUGAUAAGAUAUAGAUCUGUGUAAUAGCUAAGAUAUUAUGAGGUUUGUAUGGUUUAAGUGUAAAAUAUUGUCCAACUGACUUUGUAAGUCAUGAUCCUGCAGAUCUGAAGCAGAGAGAAAAAAGGUUAGAUAUAAAUAAGGUUCAUUGUUUGCUAAUGUUCUAUUGUUCUGCAUAGAAUUUUAAAAUUACAGUGGAGAUGUACAACUUGUAAUUACUUCAAAGCUGCACGCCUCCAGAUAAGCCCAAAUAUUUCAAGAAAAUCAAUAUCGAAAAAUGCUUCAAACUUUUUACAAAGGUAAAGACAUUCAAGAUCCAAGUUAUAUUUUUUAUGUUAUGUGCGGUUUAACACCGAUUUUGCAGUAUUUUAUCACCAUAUUUCUACUGCGUUACUCACACAGUAAGGGCUGUUUUUGCAUAUGUUGACCACUUUUUGAUAAUUUUUAGCUCACCUGUCACAAAGUGACAGGGUGAGCUUUGCAAUUGCCUUUCGUCCGGCAUCCGUCCGUCCGUAAACUUUUACUUUAAAUGACAUCUCCUCAUAAACCACUAAGCCAAUUUCAUCCAAACUUCACAGGAAUGUUCCUUUGGUGGUCACCUUUAAAAAUUGUUCAAAGAAUUUAAUUCCAUGCAGAACUCUGGUUGCCAUGGCAACCGAAAAAAAAAAAACUUAAAAUAUCUUCUUUUAAAAAACCAUGAGAGCUAGAGCUUAGAUAUUUGGCAUGAAACAUCUUCUAGUGAGUGUCUACCAAGUUUGUUCAAAUAAAAGCCCUGGGGUUUAAACUGGCCCUGCUCCGGGGGCCUAUAUACAGGUGAGCGACUUCAGGGCCAUCAUGGCCCUCUUGUCUUGGAUUGUAAGUGCUAAUUGCAAUAUGUAAAUUACUUUAUUUGUUCACCUUGCAUUAUUUGACUUUUAAAUACAUUUCCAAAAUGUUUCAUGAAAAUUAACAUGAAUCUGAAGGCGUGCUGCUUUAAAUGGACACACAAGGUUGAAGGACAGCAACAUCAAAUUACUUCAGGGUAUUCAACCUCUGAAAAAUCUGAUAAAAUGCUGACACUAUGAAACAAGUUUACAGCCAUUCUGUUGGUGGUUCUACUAUAACAAUGUACACUGUCUCAUCAGCAGUAAAGUUGUGCAUAAAAUAUCACAAAUAAUUAUGUGAAUAUUGAAAAACACUAUAAGUUUGUUGAGGACAUCUUAAGAAGGAUUUUUAGAAAGCCUUAGAUACAGAAUUAUGCAUGUAUUAUAAUUAAUGAGAGGAUAGUUUUUUUUUUUUUUUUUGUAAUUUGAGAAAUGUUAUGUUGCUAUAUAUGAAAUAAAAAUAUUUUUUCAUGAAUUAUUAUUCAAAAAUUGCAUUUUUGUCAUUAUAGUAUCUUGGUCUAUAAUAUAUGACAUAAGAUAAACCAUUUGUUGUAAAAUAUUGUUAAUAUGAAUAAACGUCAGAAAUGUU